GCGCGGGGGAUGGUGCAAUCCCGGGCCUGAGGGCAUCAGACGGGCGGCUGAUUAGCUCAAGUUUACAUCACCCGGGCCGGGAGCUGGGCGCGCACAAGACUCGCAGCGGAAGUGGCGGCGGCUCAGCACGCGUCCGCUGCUGGGACUGGGGCCCGGGCUGGAGCUGGACCGGGAUCCCGAGCUCGGCAGCAGCGCAGCAGGCCCGGCCCACCUGCGGGUGCCCUGGAGGCCCUGAGCACCGGCGGCGCCAGGACCCACGCGGGACGCCUGGACAAGAUGCGAGUCACUCCUCUGGCUGCUCCUGCGGGUUCCCUAUCCAGGAAGAAGCGGUUGGAGUUGGAGGACAACUUAGACGCCGAGUGUCCUGUCCAGAAACGAGCUCGAAGCAGGCCCCAGCCCAGGCUGCCCUCCUGCCUGUUGCCCCUGAGCCCACCCCCUGCUCCAGAUCAUGCAACUGCUAUGGCCACUGCCUCCCGUCUUGGGCCCUAUGUUCUCCUGGAGCCCAAGGAGGGCGGGCGGGCCUACCAGGCCUUGCACUGCCCUACAAGCACUGAGUAUACCUGCAAGGUGUAUCCCAUCCACGAGGCCCUGGCCGUGCUGGAGCCCUAUGCGCGGCUGCCACCACACAAGCAUGUGGCUCGGCCCACUGAGGUCCUGGCUGGUACCCAGCUCCUCUAUGCCUUUUUCACUCGGACCCAUGGAGACAUGCACAGCCUGGUGCGAAACCGCCGCCGCAUCCCUGAGCCUGAGGCUGCUGCGCUCUUCCGCCAGAUGGCCACCGCCGUGGCACACUGUCACCAGCAUGGUCUGGUCCUGCGCGAUCUCAAGCUGUGUCGCUUUGUCUUUACUGACUGUGAGAGGAAGAAGCUGGUGCUGGAGAACCUGGAGGACACCUGUGUGCUGACCGGGCCGGAUGAUUCCCUGUGGGAUAAGAACGCAUGCCCAGCCUAUGUGGGACCUGAAAUACUCAGCUCACGGGCCUCAUACUCAGGCAAAGCAGCGGAUGUCUGGAGCCUGGGCGUGGCACUCUUCACCAUGCUGGCCGGCCACUACCCUUUCCAGGACUCAGAGCCUGUCCUGCUCUUUGGCAAGAUCCGUCGCGGGGCCUACGCCUUGCCUGCAGGCCUCUCAGCCCCUGCCCGCUGUCUGGUUCGCUGCCUCCUUCGUCGGGAGCCAGCUGAGCGGCUUACAGCCACAAGCAUCCUCCUGCACCCCUGGCUGCGGGAGGACCCGAUCCCCUCAGCCCCAACCCGAUCCCAUCUCUGGGAGGCUGAUCAGGUGGUCCCUGAUGGACCAGAGCUGGAUGAAGCCAAGGAAGAAGAGGAAAACAGAGAACUGGUUCUGUAUGGCUAGGGCCACCCAACUACAUGCUCAGCUCCCAACAGUGGAUUGAGUUUGGGGUGGCUCCAAGCUUUCUCCUGUCUCUGAACUGAGCCAAACCUUCAGUGCCUUCCAGAAGGGAGAAAGGCAGAAGCCUGCGUGGAGUGUCCUGUGUAUACACCUGCUUUGUUCCACACACAUGCAAUUCCUGCUUGGAUGCUUAUCAAGUGCCAAGCCCUGUUCUAGGUGCUGGGAAUACAGCAGUGAGCACAGGAGACAAUACUCCCUGCUCACAGAGAUGACAAACUGGCAUUCUUGAGCUGACAACACUUUUCUAUGGCCAUCGGUCACUGUCUACACUGGGUACACUUUGUGCCAGUGUCAGCCUCCACUGGUGCUGGUGUUCAGGCACCUCUGUCCAAGGACAAUCCGUUUCACAAACAAACCAGCCGCCUUUAUAUCUUGUACCUUUUCAGAGAAAGGGAGGUAUCCCUGUGCCAAAGGCUCCAGGCUGCUCCCCUGAAAUUCAGGACCCAAGCCCAGCUCACUCUGGGACCUGUGUUCCCAGCAUCUCUGUCCUCUUGAUCAAGAGAUUCUCUUUCCAGGCCCAAGCCCGGGAUUUGGGCCAGAGAUAAGAAUCCAGACUAUGAGGCUAGUUCUUGUCUAACUCAAGAAUGUUCUGGAAUGAGGGUCCAGGCCUGUCAACCAUAGGGCUUCUGACCUGAGCACCAAGGUUGAGGGACAGGAUUUGGCAGGGUCUGUCCUGUGGCCACCUGGAAAGUCCCAGGUGGGACUGUUCUGGGAACAGUUGGGGCCCACAAUCCCAGGUCGAUACUCUAGGUUUUGGAUACCAUGAGUAUGUAUUUUCACCUGUGCCUAAUAAAGGAGAAUUAUGAAAUACUUCUA